GGCGUCAACACGACAGGGAUGCUAAAACCAGCUGGAAAACCAGAUAUCCAAUCUUAUAUCCAUCGAUCGCGUCGCGUCUCACGCGUCACAAGAAACCCCAAACCCCGCACAGAUGUCUUAUGCGCAGAGUCUCUGUGUUUGUGUACCUCUCAUCCGCACUCAUCCGCAUUGCCCCCAUGCUCGCUGGAAAAGAAACACUAGCGUUACGAGAGGGGAUUGGUAUGGUUGGGAGAUGGUUGGUCCUGCGGCGGUUUUGUUGUUAGCUUUUGGGGGCUGGAAGCUGGGUGUCUCAGUUGAGAGAAAUUGGAAUAAGCAUGGGUUCACGGGCGCGGUAUGCUCGCGUCGCGUUGAGUUGAGACAAGGAUCCCCUGAGACCAACACCAACCUCUCAGAAAAUCACAAGUGGCUGCUCCCGUACCCAUCAGUCAGCAAUGACCUGAGCGCCAUCGUUGAGACUUAAUUAAAUAAUAAUUAUAAGGGAAGCCUGCAAUGAGUAGAGUAAUUGGCGCCACAUGGAGAAUUUUAAUAAGUUAUAAGAGGAUUUUAUUUUAAAA